AUGAGGUCAACCCUGGUCAUAUGUUGGCUAUGGCUCACAAGCUUCACUCUUGCAUUUGACGCUUCAAAUACGUCCAACACAUGUACGCCUCCAGGACCCCUUCUCACAACCCAAACACCCAACUUUGCAGCAUGUCUCAUCAAAAUCGAUAACUUCACAGUCCAAGAACGAGCAGACAGUGGCUGUUUUGGCGAUCCAAACACAGGCGUCCUCACCUAUUCUGGUUGUACUGCUAUCUGUGGAUCCGACUACGCUCUUUGGGAAUGGAAAGAUACAGUUGAUCGUUUAUCGCUCUUAGUUCUUCCAACAAUUGUAUUGAUUGCGCAUCUGGCUUUCCCUCCUCUGGGAUGGUGGAAUUAUUUUGUUGUCAUGUUCCACGCUCUUGGAAAUCCUAUCGGAAUUUUGAGGAGCUUGAUGACUCGUCUGGAAAGACAUCGUCGGUUGAGACGUGCUUCUGCGGACGUCUUUUCGGGCGAUAAUCUUGGAAUGAGAGCUACUGCGACGGUCUUCGCUACUUACGAGGAACUCAGUUGGCAGGAUCUAUCGGGGCAUUUCUCCGAUAUUCUGAUCGGGAAGAGACUUGAUCCAGAUGAGCGAGCUCUUUUGAUGAGAGCAAGUCACAGAUUAUCUUCAACCCGUCUUGCCUCGACAUCAUCGGCCGCAGUAGCGAUUGCCGCCCUGGUUGCUACUUUGGCUUCUGCUAUUGUCCAGACUAUCAAGCAAUUUGACGAGGUCAAUACGAGAGUGUACAACGAGACAGCCGGUACCAUCGCCGUCAUGUGCAUCAUGUUCAUGUCGAUCCCGCAAGUCUGGUUUAGUGCUAGACUUGGCACUUUCACUACAGAUUCAGGAGCAUCGCAUAUCCUAGAGACGAUGAAUGAACGCAUGAAAGAAGUCAUCAACAAAAAGGAGCUCACAAAUCCACUUUUCCCUCCACUGCAACUUGCUGUUUGUCCUUUGCAACCUCGGGAUCGCCGACCUGUUCUUCUCCUCUGGCUUUUCGAACGACUUCCUUCUCGAGUCUCAGCAUAUUUCGACAGCUUCUUCUCCCACUGUCCUCUUGAACCAAUAGCGCCCGCUUACGACUCGGAGGAUGCAAGAUUUAUCAGGGAUCAAGUCGAUUAUUCGAGUUAUAUCAGUCUCAACAGCGCAUGGAGGCCCUGCAAACAUUUAGCUCCCGACCUUCAUGGCCGUUCCCACACUCAACUUACCGUUAUCAGCCUCCUCAGUGUCGUCUUCGGCGCUUGUCUCCCCGCAGUCUUCCUGUCUUUGACAAACCGCUCGGAUCAACGCCCACUGGCAGUCGGGUGCCGCUCUCUAUCUUGGAUGACUAUUCUGGGAAUUUGGCUCUCGAGUUUUGUUCUUGAUAGCAUUUUCCGCUUUUUUGUCUGCCGGUUCUCGUAUCGUCGAGAUCCGGUGCAAAAGGUGCGAUUGUUGUGGCAAUGGACGAUUGCCAAGGAUGCUUUUAUUGCCUGUACUGUUCUCGUCGUUAUCUUAUUGGUGGAACUGGGGAGGUAUAAUUCGUGUUGGUGUCGAGCGUCGUUUUCUAAACCUUUUCAGGUGGAAUUAUUUCAGUUCACGGCGGAACAGUGGAGCGAUGCACAGAUCUUCUGGACAUCAUUGCCCGGUGCUGGGUUGUUCAUUAAUCUGACGUUGAUAUUGGCAUUUGAGUUGCGGUGGAAAGAAUGGUGGGGAUUUAUUCCGUGGUUCAGAUUGGAAGGUGGGAGUCCAUUGUGCAAGACAGGUAGAGAGAUGCAGGCUGAACUGGAUGAAUUGAAGGUAUUGGAGAGAAAAGACCAUGAGCAUAUUGAGAGAGUUGAAAAUACUGUUCCAGAGCCGUAUGAUCCGGGUUACAAGCCGGAUGGGGCCGUGGGAGUGCAAGAGUAUGGAGAAAUAAGUAAUGGUCAAGCACAAGAGUUUUGGCGUGCACAGUAUUAG